GAUCCUGAUGUUAAUUUUCUUUUUGAUUCGCAUCGAUACGCCCUGCAAUUUUAUCCUGUCUGCCAAUUUUUGCCGAUUUUCCAAUUUCUUGGGUGAAAUUGCAGUUGGAAGUUUGUGUCAUUAGUCUUCGCUAUGGCUCACGGCCAAAGGGAGGCGAUUCAGAAGCAAAUUCAGCAAGAUUGGGCGAACAGAGAGUACAUCGAAGUCAUCACCGAGAGCAUCAAGAAGAUUGCCGACUUCCUCAAUUCCUUUGAUAUGUCAUGCAGAUCAAGACUGGCGUCUCUCAAUGAGAAACUCACGAUUCUUGAAAGAAAAAUCGACUAUCUGGAAGCAAGGGUCACCAAGGGAGAUGCUCUGACGUGAAUCCCCAGAGAGCAAAAUUCCCUAAUUUUAAGUAAAAUAUUGAUUAUUAUUUGCAUAAAAUUUGUAUCAUCCCUUCAAAUCUUUAUUUAAUGGCAUUUAAAUAAAUUGUUUAUAAAAUCAACUCUAGCUCAUUUUCUAACAAUAAUAAUUAUUAAUCAUGUUAAAAUUUAUUUCCAUCAUUGCAAAAUGUUUCCAAUUUUUGCACUAAAAUCCAAGUCCAAUCAAUAUAUCAUCCUUCUGCAGAAUGAAUUGAUUACAUCUUUAUAAGAUUUUGUAUAAUAUUAAUAAAACCUAUAAA